GCUAGGGCUGUCGAGCAUCUCCGCACUUGCCAUUGUUGGUGGAGUGUAUCGUUCACCCGGCAUUUGACUCACCCGUUCUGAUGCUGAGGAAAGGAAGCUCAAUGCAACUACGAUGAUUGUCUCUCAGAAAUCGCUCUUACUUGUGAGCUUAGCAGCGUCGAGCACGCUGGUGGCUGCUGGAGAUGAUUCCGCACGACCCCGCGGAGUUGGGCCGGAAUUUGCCCAGUUCUACAAAGACACCACGACCUUCUCUUGCAUCUCCCACCCCGCUAUCAAAAUCCCCUUCUCCGCAGUAAACGAUGAUUUUUGCGACUGUCCGGAUGGUAGUGAUGAACCUGGCACCGCGGCGUGCGCUCACUUGUCCGGAAACACCCCGUUGGAUGUCGCCCAUCUGCAGGGCCACAGUGGUGACGGACUCAAGGCGGCUCUUCCGGGCUUUUACUGUAAGAAUAAGGGACAUAAACCAUCGUAUAUUCCCUUCCAGCGGGUGAAUGACGGCAUCUGCGACUACGAGCUUUGCUGCGAUGGGAGCGACGAGUGGGCCCGUGUUGGGGGCAAGAAAUGCGAUGACAAGUGCAAGGAAAUUGGGAAGGAGUGGCGCAAGAAGGAGGAGAAGAGGCAGAAGUCUAUGACGGCUGCUCUGAAGAAGAAGCGGGAACUACUUGUUGAUGCGGGUAGGCAGCAGAAGGAGCUUGAGGACCGGAUUGCUGCGCUAAAGACUGAUAUCGAGGGUAAGGAGGUAAGGUUGAAGGCCCUUGAGGCUGAUCUUGAGGAUGUGAAGAAAAAAGAAGAGAGCAAGGUUGUGAAGGGAAAGAAGACGGGCAAAGUGAAUGUGUUGGCCGGACUGGCCAAAAACCGUGUGGAUGAACUUCGGAGUGCAUUGGUGGAUGUCCGCAAAGAGCGGGAUGAGAUCCGAUCGCGUGUACAGGAACUUGAGGAGAUUUUGUCCAACUUCAAAGUCGAGUAUAACCCGAACUUCAAUGAUGAGGGAGUCAAGCGCGCUGUGCGCAGCUGGGAGGAUUACGCAGCUCGUGGACUUGCGGACACUGUUUUCAACAGUGCGCGUGAUCGCGACUGGGAAGCUAUUUCCCAGCCCGACAGCGAGGAAUCAGGUAUAAACUGGGAGCAAUGGGAGAACGAGGGCGACGAUGAACCUGAUAUAGUUUACAAACUUGCGGCCUAUCUUCCUCCGUCUCUUGUUACAUUCCUAGAAGACAAGUUCAACUCGUUCACAAGCUUCCUCGAAAGCAGCGGCAUCUUACCUCCCAAGGAUAAAGACUCAGCGUCUGAGUCCAAGGCCGUCACAAUGGCCCGCGACGCCGUCAAAUCAGCUGAAAAGGACCUCAACGACGCAAAGAACAAGCUCAAGAAAGAAGAGGCCGACCUUGAAACUGACUACGGCACUGCUUCCAUCUUCCGCGCCCUUAAAGGGGUUUGUAUCCAGAAGGACGCUGGCGAGUAUACCUACGAGCACUGUUUCCUCGACCAAACGAAGCAGAUCCCCAAGAAAGGCGGCUCAUCUUCGCGGAUGGGCAGGUUCGAGCGCAUCGGGUCCGUCAGCGUUGAUGAGGUCAAUGAAGCAGGUGAAAUCAUCCAGGUGCAGAAGACCUCGUUGGAGUAUAAGAAUGGCCAGGGGUGCUGGAACGGACCUGCACGCUCAACAACUGUUAUCUUAGACUGUGGCGAGGAUAACGAGAUCCUGAAGGUCGCUGAGGAUGAAAAGUGUGUUUAUUCGAUGCUUGUCACAACACCGGCUGUUUGUGCUGGCGGCGAGGAGCCGGGCAAUGUGGCUCCUAGGGCAAAGGACGAGCUGUGAUAACAUAGAUCUAGAA